GGGAAGAAGGCGUCUUUGAAUUUUGAUGUUUGUUUUCAUCGUGUGUGGAGCAUUUUUCUGAGUUUCUCGUGGAAAAUUGUAGUAAAAACUAGCGAUAGAACCAUUUUUAGGAUGAACAACAAUAAUUUCGACUACUUGUUUGAGCUGCAGAGACUAAAAUCCUUCAAAAAUUGGCAAUUCAGCAAGAGCAAGAAAUGCAACGAGAGAAAGAUGGCCCAGGCGGGGUUCUACUGCACCGGAAGUGAAAGUGCGGUGUGCUUCGUGUGCGGGAAGGAGUUGGACGGCUGGGAGGAGGAAGAUGAUCCGUGGGUGGAGCACAAAAAGCACGCUCCACAGUGUUCUUUUGUGAAGAUGAGAAAGAAGGAAACCGAUUACACGGUGAAAGAAUUUGUUAUCCUGAUAGAGACUGUGUUGAAAAAUCAGGAGGAGAAAGUCCACAUGGACGAUGUGAUGAAGUUUCGGGAAUUAAUGUACUCGAUGCGCGACAAGUUGCAGAAGAACUGCCGUUCUUAAUCAUCUCAUAGCAUUAAUAUCAUAUAGAAAUUCUAUUCCCGGACUUUACAUGUGACAGAGAAGAUGGAGAAAAGGACAUUUGAAGCGACUCCUCGUCUUGAAAGCAAUUUUAUUCAAACAAUCGAAUGUGAUGGAUAAAGGAGGCUUUCUGAUAAAUUCCCUGCGGAAACUCUAGAAGAUUUGUCUGCUGCUUCAAUGUAUGAGCUCAGGAGGUUUGAGAGAAAAGAGGAGAGCUAAUGGAAUGUCUAUAAAAUGGAAAAUAGUUGAUAUUUCA